UAUUUUUAAGCUUUUCUUGUCCCUUAAGUUUCUGUUGUGUUUUACAGAAUCUGCAGUGCGCUAAAAUUUAGCACAUUGAGCAGUCACCGAGAUUUGUUGCGCAUGCGUGUGGAAAAUGGUGCUGCUGCCGAUUGCCCUGCCGAAGCACCUGGAAACUAUUGAUCUGUAGCAACUUCAACUUCUGGGUUUGCUUUUAAAUUUUUCAAAGGUAAGACCCAAAUUUGAAACUGUUCUUAAGCGCAAAUGCGCUCACACGCACACACAACAGGAACACGGCACACAUUAACCCAGCUGUGCCAUGGGUGAGUUCCCACACAGGGCGAGGUUCCCGCACAACUUCUCUCCCAGUACCCAGCCCAGCCCCAUCUCUCCUCUGCCAAGGGUGCAGGCGAGGCACUCCUCCCAAGAUCCAGCUUCCUGUCUUGGGAGUCAGGGAUUGUUUGGCCCUGUGCAAUCCGGUUGCUGUGAGUCAUCUCCCGGAAGUCUCAUCCUUCAUCAAGAAGGGCACGGAACAUCCACGACGCACGUUAAGUGGAAGCGGCUCCACAGACAGCACAGCUGGAACCCGCAGACCCUCACAAUGGACCAACUCUGUGAAGGAAAUGACAGUUUUGCCAUCAAGUUAUUAAAACUGUUGGGUGAAGCAGAAACAUCACGAAAUGUCUUCUUCUCCCCACUGAGCAUCAGCAUUUCCUUGGCCAUGGUCUACCUGGGGGCAAGAGGAGACACUGCAGACCAGAUGUCCCAGGUGCUUUUUGCGAACAGGGAUCAGGAUGUCCACCGAGGUUUCCAGUCACUUGUCGCUAAAGUUAACAAAACUGGCACUCAGUACUUGCUUAGAAUGGCCAACAGACUCUUUGGAGAAGAAACAUGCGACUUCCUUUCAACCUUUAAGGAAGCCUGUUGGAAGUUCUACCAGGCAGAGCUGGAGGAGCUGUCCUUUGCCAAGAACACUGAGGGAUGCAGGAAACACAUCAAUGACUGGGUGGCAGAGAAGACAGAAGGUAAGAUUUCAGAGGUGCUGGGUGCUGGGACAGUUGGUCCCCUGACUAAGCUGGUUCUUGUCAAUGCUGUCUAUUUCAAAGCAAAGUGGAAUGAGCAAUUUGACAGAAAGCACACAAGAGGAAUGCUGUUUAAAACUAACAAGGAGGAGAAGACAGUGCAGAUGAUGUUUAAGAGAGCCAAGUUUAAAAUAGGGCACAUAGAGGAGGUGCACACGCAGGUGCUGGAGCUGCCCUAUGCAAAUGAAGAUCUGAGCAUGCUCAUUUUGCUUCCGGAUGACAACACGGAUCUUACUGUGGUGGAAAAGGCACUUACAUAUGAUACCUUCAGAGCUUGGACCAAUCCAGAAAAGAUGACAAAGAGCCAAGUGGAAGUGUUCCUUCCCAUACUAAAACUGGAGGAGAGUUACGACUUAGAGUCUGUUCUUCAGGAUUUAGGAAUGACGGACGCCUUUGAGGAAACCAAAGCUGACUUUUCAGGCAUGUCAUCUAGGAAGAAUGUACCUUUGUCCAAAAUUUCCCACAAGUGCUUUGUGGAGGUCAAUGAGGAGGGCACGGAGAUGGCCGCAGCCACGGCCGUAGUCAGGAACACCCGAUGCAGCAGAAUAGGUCUAAGGUUUUGUGCAAACCACCCCUUCCUUUUCUUCAUCAGGCACAAUGAAACCAACAGCCUCUUGCUUUGUGGCAGAUUUUGUUCUCCAUAAUGUGGUGUGGAUGCUGCACCAGCUUCUCUUUCUUAUGUAUAUGCAGUCUCAAAUAAAAACUCUUCAUUGCCAAA